AGAGUCGCUAACACUAAACUAAGCAGGGAGGCUGCCUAGUCGCUCCCAACCCCUUUUUUUUUUUAGUCUUUUCCUUUUCGUGUACCUUUUGACAAGAACCGGGCACCUCACGUGUUCUCCAUUUGUCACAGACCAAAAAAGACAACCAACGCGACGCCGAACGAAGACGUUUCCAGCAAACGAAAAUGCAGCCUGCGGUGAGGCAAAACCUCCACAGUGAGUGUGAAGGUGACAUCAACAAGCUCAUCAACCUCAAGCUCCAAGCCUCCUACACUUACCUUUCUCUGGGCAUGUAUUUUGACAGGGACGACGUCGCCCUUCCGAAAUUCUCCCAGUUUUUCCUGGGGCUCUCCGGGAAGGAACGAGAACACGCUGAGAAGCUGCUGGAGUACCAGAACACGAGAGGGGGCCGCAUUUUGCUGCAGACCAUUGCUAAACCAAGUAGGGAGGAUUGGAGAGGCGGACUGGAUGCAAUGUCUUUCUCCCUGGACUACCAAAAGGCCAUGAACACUUGCAUUCUGGAAGCACACCGCAAGGCUGGCACUCACACCGACCCCCACCUCUGUGACUUCCUUGAGCAACACUUCCUGGGCGACAGCCACGACACCAUCAAGAAGCUGGGCGACUUCGCGGGCAGCCUGAAACGCAUCACGGCGUCCGACGGCCACGCGUCCAUGGGGGAGUACCUCUUCGACAAGCACACCUUGUAAAGGCGGCGCUGGCAAAAAGCAACAAUCGAACCCUGUUUGGUCCAUUUGUAGCUGAACAAUAUUUGUUAUCGUUGAAGGAAAUGUUUUAGUGCAGGAGCCAAGUACCUACAAAUACCUCACACCUCUUUAGCAAACUAGCUACGGUGCUCAAAAGUAGUUUUCCUAUUUUCCUACUUUCCUAUUGGUCAGAAAUUGAUUGAAUAAACCACACUUAUGCCAGCGCCUCA